UAAAACAUCAAGUGAGGGUACUGAAAAUGUAAAAACAAUAAAAAGGAAAAAAGAACAGGCAGAUUACUCUUUCGAAGUUCAAAGAGAACUGAAUUGUUGAAAAUUCUCCGAUCGAUUCUGGAAUUGGAUUCAAGAGAAGCGUGAGGGAUGGAAGAAACCCUGGAAGAGCAUACCAAAUCAUUAGCGGCUCCAAUCAUCUUCAUCAUUGUCAUGGUUUUCCAGUUAUCUGACAAGUUCUUAUCAAAUAUGAAAACGAAAGCUUCCAUGAGUAAAAAGGAUGCCCAAUUGCGUGCUGAAAUCAAACAACUAUUGAAGGAGGCAGCUGCUUUGUCAGAGCCUUCAACGUUUGCUCAAUCUGCAAAGCUUAGGAGAAUGGCAACAGCUAAGGAAAAAGAGCUUGCAAAAAGUCAAGAGUCAUCCAGCAAGGAGAUAAAAGUGUCAUUCAGCUUGUAUGAGAAAAUUCUGAUGAUUUCAAAGGUUGUUAUAUAUCUUACAAUGAUCGUGUGGUUUUGGAGGAUUCCUGUGGUUUCCAUAUCCAAAGAACUUGUGCAGCCAUUUGGGAGGUUUUUAUCCUGGAAAACUGGAGGCUCUUUUAGCAACAAUAUAAUAAUGGUUGGUGUUAUACCUUGGUUGAUAUUAUCCACGAGGGUUGGCAAAUACCUUUGCAAUAAAGUACUGAAGUAGAUCGCAUGGGAAAAAAUUGAUGGUAGU